AUGAAAAGCAUGACUACAUCGAAGGAUGUCAUGUUUAAAGUGGCGGAUUUUUUGAAAGUCAAAGGAGGUAUGGGUGCUGCAAUUGAAAAUCACGGUCUAGGAGUAAAUAAUAUAUCACGCACAGAACUGUUCCGAGUAGCAAAACUAUGUACUAGUGCUGUGGCCACCACUCAAACCCCUGAAACCAAACCGGCAGUUGCUGUCACUAAUGAAUCAAUUAUUGUGCCGGGGUUCCCAAAACCUAAUGGCCAACCCCAGCCGAAUCCGUUCAACGGUCCUGAACGUGAUCUAGUUAAUUUUCCUAGAAUGGUGAGGUUAGAAGAUCCACCUAAAACUAGAUAUUUGUUCGUGCCCGAAGAGUGGUUUGAAAUAUUUUACGAAAAGACUGGAGUCACAGGUCCAUAUGUACUUGCUGCUGGUAUUACGACUUUUGUAUUAAGUAAAGAAAUAUGGGUAGUUGACCUGGAGUUCCCCUAUGUAUUAGCUACAAUCGGUUGGUUGGAAAAAAUUCUCAGCAUCUUUAGCUAA